GUGUCAUUUGUAGACGGCUCGCUGGCGGCGUUGCGCACGCUCAUUUUCACGGAAGUCCAGUUGGAGUGUUACUAAUGAACAAAAGUUGAAUGGUUUUAGUCGAAUUUACCGGUUAAUAUUAUAGUUAGGAUAGUUAAAUCUCAAUAAUUCAAAAUGGGAAUCAAAUUCCUCGAAGUCAUAAAGCCGUUUUGCAGUAUAUUACCGGAAAUCGCAAAACCGGAGAGAAAGAUCCAAUUCCGGGAGAAAGUACUAUGGACGGCAAUCACACUGUUUAUUUUCUUAGUAUGCUGUCAGAUCCCCCUAUUCGGCAUCAUGUCGUCAGACAGCGCGGAUCCCUUCUACUGGAUCCGUGUGAUCCUGGCGUCCAACAGAGGCACCCUCAUGGAACUCGGCAUCUCCCCCAUCGUCACGUCUGGUCUUAUCAUGCAACUGCUCGCCGGUGCAAAGAUCAUCGAAGUUGGUGACACUCCUAAGGACAGAGCACUUUUCAACGGUGCCCAGAAAUUAUUCGGCAUGGUGAUCACGGUGGGCCAAGCCAUCGUGUACGUGAUGACCGGCAUGUACGGCGAGCCCAGCGAGAUUGGCGCCGGCGUGUGUCUGCUCAUCAUCAUCCAGCUGUUCGUGGCCGGUCUUAUUGUGCUGCUUCUGGACGAGCUUCUACAGAAAGGAUAUGGUCUCGGAUCCGGUAUUUCUCUCUUCAUCGCCACCAACAUCUGCGAAACCAUCGUCUGGAAGGCCUUCUCACCUGCUACCGUCAACACUGGUCGCGGCACCGAGUUCGAGGGCGCCGUGAUCGCGCUGUUCCACCUGCUGGCCACGCGGCCGGACAAGGUGCGCGCGCUGCGCGAGGCCUUCUACCGCCAGAACCUGCCCAACCUCAUGAACCUGCUCGCCACCGUGCUGGUCUUCGCCAUAGUCAUAUACUUCCAGGGCUUCCGCGUGGACCUACCGAUCAAGUCUGCGCGCUACCGCGGCCAGUACUCCUCGUACCCAAUCAAGCUGUUCUACACUUCCAACAUUCCUAUCAUUCUGCAGUCUGCGCUCGUCUCUAACCUCUACGUUAUCUCUCAGAUGUUGGCCGUGAAGUUCAGCGGCAACUUCCUCGUGAACCUGCUGGGCGUGUGGGCGGACGUGGGCGGCGGCGGCCCGGCGCGCGCGUACCCGGUGGGCGGGCUGUGCUACUACUUCAGCCCGCCCGAGUCGCUCGCGCACAUCGCGCACGACCCGCUGCACGCCGUGCUCUACAUCAUCUUCAUGCUGGGCUCCUGCGCCUUCUUCUCCAAGACCUGGAUCGACGUCUCCGGCUCCUCGGCCAAGGACGUGGCCAAGCAGCUGAAGGAGCAGCAGAUGGUGAUGCGCGGGCACCGCGACAACUCCAUGAUCCACGAGCUGAACCGCUACAUCCCGACGGCGGCGGCGUUCGGCGGGCUCUGCAUCGGCGCGCUGUCGGUGCUGGCCGACUUCCUCGGCGCCAUCGGCUCCGGCACCGGCAUCCUGCUCGCCGUCACCAUCAUCUACCAGUACUUCGAGAUCUUCGUCAAGGAGCAGGCCGAGAUGGGCGGCAUGAGCACGCUCCUCUUCUAAACUACCUUCUAGAAUAUCGUCGGCGACAACGCUGCGCUCACCUCCGCGAGUGUAGCGUUGCCGUCGGCGCCGUGUGCGCGACGCGUGUGUGGGUUAUGUGCUAUUUAUAUGAGAUGAACUUUAUAAUAAAAUAAUUACGAGAAGUA